AUGGAGGCCAAGCAGCAGCUUCAGUGGCUGGAGGAAGUGCUGAAAAAGGCAGAUAGCGCGGAGGCUCGAGGCAAUCAGCCGUGGGUCGUCGUGGCUGGCCACAGGCCGCUCUACUGCUCUCUGGAGAGGCCCACCUGCAGCACCGAGGCUGCCUCUUUGCGCUCCAUCUUGGAGCCACUACUGGUGAGGUACCGGGUCGACCUUUACCUGGCAUCGCAUGUUCAUGCCUAUGAGAGAACCUUCCGGACGGUGAAUGGCUCGGUGUGCAAGGCCGAUGAGACAGAAGACUCCUCUUGUGGGCCGGUGAACAUUGUGAACGGAGACUCUGGCGAGCCUUCUUUGCAGUAUGAAGAUAUGCCAGCCCGCUUCACAGUGAAACGACAUCCUGGCCAGCCCGGCUAUGGUGAGCUUAUCGUGCUGAAUGCCACUGCGAUUGAGUAUCGCCAGCUGGAUGCGACAACGGGGGCAGUCAAUGACCAGUUCAUCAUGUUGAAGGCUUCUUCGGACGAUGCCGAGCUGCAGGAGAACUUUCUGGAGGCUGUCGGCUGGCUGGCCUUCGCUACUGCAUUGGUGACUUUUACUUGCGGGUUCGUGAAGUGGGUACACGCAGAUGGCUUGAAGCGUCGCGACGAGGCUUUGAGGCACCUGCGCACAGAGAUCGCGGUCUUGAGUGGCAUGCCGCUGAAGGUUACCGGAAGCCCUGUCGAAGCCCAGCACUUGGUGGGGGACGCAUCCUCUGGGCUUCACUGA